UUUUCUGUAUAUAAAUCGGUUCUACACUUGAUGUGUUUCAUUUAAAAUUUCCAAUCUUACGCCUUUGAAUCGGUUUAGAUCUUGCAAAAUUUAGGUUAAAUUCCAUAUAUUUCUUAAAUGUUUUGUCUUAGUUAAUAAUAAAAAUUCAAAUCAAUAUUCAUCGGCUUUAGAUGCUCUUAAUUUUGACAAAAUUGUAUAAGUUUUAGUCAAACGCUGUCAUUAUGUCAAAAUUCCCGAAUAGCGUAAGCCGCCAAUUAAGCACGCGCAGUUCUGAUAUUGAUGCUUUAGCUCAGCGCGGUUACAAUAUCGGGCAUAAGAUCGGUGAAGGCUCAUAUGCAACAGUUAUCACAGCUGGCUAUGCUGAUGAAGCGGGACACGGUGUACACUUAGCUUGCAAGAUCAUUGACAAAGCCAAGGCUCCUACUGAUUUUGUUCAUAAAUUCUUUCCUAGAGAAUUGGAAAUUUUAACUAAGAUAGAUCAUCCUAAUAUUAUACAAAUACAUAGUAUAUUACAACGUGGUCCAAAGAUAUUCAUCUUUAUGCGUUACGCCGAAAAUGGUGAUUUGCUUAGCCAUAUCAAGAAAAAUGGUCCUGUUGAUGAGUUGCAAUCCAAGGCUUGGUUUAUGCAGAUGGCUAAGGCAUUGAAGUACCUACACGCACACGAUAUAGCACAUCGUGACUUAAAAUGUGAAAAUAUUCUACUAUCUAAGCGUAUGAAUAUAAAACUGGCUGACUUUGGGUUCUCUCGUUACUGUGUUGAUGACACUGGCCGUGAUAUUAAAUCGGAGACAUAUUGUGGUUCUGCAGCUUAUGCUGCUCCCGAGGUUGUUUGCGGCCGCCCCUAUGAUCCCAAAUUAGCCGAUGCAUGGUCACUUGGUGUUAUUCUAUUCAUAAUGCUCAAUGCAAAGAUGCCUUUUGAUGAUACUAAUUUAACGAAGCUUUUAGAAGAUCAGAAUAACAAGAAGUUUGCUUUCCGUCGUAAAUUACAGGAUCAAAUUACUGCUCAGGCGAAAGCUACUGUUGCUGUGUUGCUUGAACCGGAGUCUCAUGCUCGCUGGAACUUACGUGAAAUUCUAAAUUGCAGCUGGUUGCGCACUGAAGACGAACCGCUUUCACAAAAAAUAGUCUAAAAAUGUGAAAUUUAUCAGAUCUGUCGAACCCGUGAAAGCACCUGCACAGAAACACAGAAACUAAGAAUGCGAAAUUUUAUACCAUUGAAAGCCAAUAGUGAUGACAGCUGACUAACUAUUUUUUUUCCAUAUAUGAAGAAGUAUAUGAAAAACUUUUGAAAGUAGAAAUCCUAAAUUUUGCUCUAAACCUCAGAUAAUACUUUUCGUGAUUUUGGAAUAUAGCAAUAGUCUCAAUUAUUCACAAUAUACACAAUGUCGUCAGACAAUGUAAAUUAUAUUUUAUAACUAACAAUAUAUUUUGGCUGAUGGAUAUAAAAUUUAUAUUAUAAAA